AUGAGUUACCACGUGGUAUGGUUGGGCGUGGAGAAAGCAAAUGCUAUUAUUUAUGGAGAUCACUUAUUAUCGUUUGACCAGCUGCAGUGGUAUUCGGAUGCUAUGAUGCGUUACAAUCCGGGGAGUUAUGUCUAUAUUGAUUAUGACACAAGAAGUCAACAGUUUUGUCAUUUCUUUGUAUCAUUCGCUACGUGUAUUUCUGGAUACAAUUCUUGUCGGCCUUUGCUAUUCCUAGGUGGAACAUUCCUUAAACGAAAGUACAAAGGUCAGCUACUUGUGGCAACGGCGAAAGAUGGAAACAAUGGUCUAUUCCAUGUUACAUUUGUGAUUGUUGAUUCAGAGACCACAGCCAAUUGGUCGUGGUUCUUGCACAAACUUGGAAAGGUUGUUGAUGGUAAGCGCCAGAUUACUUUUAUUUCGAAUUGUAAUCUUGGUCUGCUAGAAGCUAUGCCAAAGGUGUUCCCAUCAACUCACCACGGUUAUUGCUUACAACACUUGAAGAGCAAUUUAAGAUACCGGAUGAAAAGAAUUGAUAAUGGAUUUAGGGAUCACCUAGUUAGUAGUUUAGGUGACUGUGCUUACGAGCCAACUGUGGUAGGGUUCCAUAAAAAGCUUGAGAAAUUAAAAGAGGAGGGUAAGCAACGAGCAUUUAAUUUUUUCAAGGACUUAGCACCUGAGCACUGGGCAAAUUCGUACUUCAGAAUGGUAGCGGGCAUGCGUUAUGCAGAGAUAACAUCCAAUGCAGCGAAGUCAUUUAAUAAUUGGAUUAAAGAAGCACGCAAUCUUCCUAUCACUCAAAUGGUAGACACAAUUCGUACUCAGUUGAUGCGGCAAAUGUCUGCACGACGUGACCAAGAAAACAAGUGGAAUGAGCUUAUUUGUCCUACAUUCAAAACAAUGCUUCUUGAUUUGUUCAACAACAGCAGGUCUUGGCAAGUUAGCAAGCCAAUGAGAAUGUGUUUGAAGUUCAUUCGAUACCAUCUAUUACAGUUGAUAUUGCAAGGCGUACGUGUUCUUGCUUCAACUGAGACAUAUCGUGCAGCCUAUUGGGGUGCCAUAUUCCCUAUACCAUCGGUAGAAAAGCCGCCUUUUGAUCCCACGGACUUCACUAUAUACCCACCAACUGUGAAAAGAUCUCCAGGAAGGCCGAAAAAGAAUAGAAUCCCAUCAAGGGUUGAUAUUGCAAGGCGUACGUGUUCUUGCUUCAAAUGGCAAAUCAACGAAUUCCCAUGUGACCAUGUUGUGAUUGCUAUUCAGAAGAGCCGCUACAAUCUCAAUGAUUGUAUGGAACAUUACUUUCAUGUAGAGACAUAUCGUGCAGCCUAUUGGGGUGUCAUAUUCCCUAUACCAUCGGUAGAAAAGCCGCCUUUUGAUCCCACGGACUUCGCUAUAUACCCACCAACUGUGAAAAGAUCUCCAGGAAGGCCGAAAAAGAAUAGAAUCCCAUCAAGGGGUGAGAAACUUAAGCAAAUAAGGUGCGGGAGAUGUGAUAAGUUUGGAAGCCAUAAUAAGAAAUCAUGCAAUGAGCCGAUAUAG